AUGGGCGCGGCGCCCGCGCGACGACGCGCGACGUCGACGUCGGAGGCGGAGGAUGAUUCGAAUCCGAAGCGCUGGCGCGACGCGUCGAACGACGCGCGACAUCGCGGCGCGGCGAUCGCCGAGGCGGCGUUCGACGCGCUCGCGAGGCGCGCGCGCGUCGCGCGCGAUGCGAACCGCGCGAUCGACGUCCCGGACGACGCGCUGGAAGCGCUGGCGUGGCUGUACGGGGCGAAACACCUGCAAAAGGCGCUCGAGGUGAUGCAGGCGGGACGCGUGCGGCGCGUCGUCGCCGAGAGGAGCGGACGGUCGAUGUACGCCGUGCACGGCAGCGGCGCGCACGAAAGGGCGCCGUAUUUGUGCUUUCCCGCGCACUUUUGCUCGUGUCGAUCGUUUUUUUGGGAGUGCGUCAAUCGAGGCGAGGCGUUGGCGUGCAAGCACCAGCUCGCGGCGAAGCUCGCGAGCGUGCUGCGGUGCGCGAAGACGACGACGGUGGACGACGUGCUGUUGGGGAACAUGAUGAUGAAGAGUUUCGAGGACGAUCCGAUGUGA